UUAGUGUUGUAUAAAAGUAUUACACAGUGACCGAAUUCAUCUAUACAUUUUUACGUAUUUAAUGUAUUCAUUGUAUUGUAUUUAUUUAUUUUAUAUGUAUUUUCAUUGCGUUCACUCAAUCUUGACUAACAUACAAACGAUAGAGCAACAUACAAAGUGACCAGGUUAUUGUUUACAACAAAUAAUGUAUGCAAACUGUAUAUGAAUAUGUAGUGAUGACAUCAGACAGCCCAUGCCCAAUCGAGCAUAUGAUUGGCUGAUAGGAUCCAACUUUGUAUGCUCAGGGACCUGUGAUUGGUCCGGGGCGGGACGCCAAUGCGUCAGUUGCGUGCAUAUAAUAUUGCAUGCCAUACGUAGCAUGAAUGGGUACUAGCUUAUGAUACAGCAUAUCUUUAAAUUGUUUUAAGUAUUCGUUACGUUUAAAAUAUUGAUAUUUUUAGUUGUGCAGUAGUCGUCAUGGACUGGCUGCUCUCCAGGCUCUUCUCCUCGGAGAACGAGGAGCUGUACGUGUUGGACUGUCUCGCUUACUUCAUGGUUUUCAUGGCAGCCUGCACUUUCGUGACUUUGCUCUUCGAAAACGUCCCAUACGGCCGAUAUGCUAGCAGCAGAUAUGGCUUUCCAGUCAAUGUAAAGUUUGCUUGGUUCGUUCAGGAGCUGCCUGCCUUCCUGGUGCCUUUGUGUCUGGUAGUCUGGACGUCUUGUGCGAAAACAUCACUGCUGCCCAACCAGCUGCUCGUUGCUAUGUAUUUCUGCCACUAUGUUCAGAGAUCCCUCAUUUAUCCAUUUUUAAUCCGCGGAGGUAAACCAACACCAGUCGUCUCGUUUGCCCUGGCCUUUGUCUUCUGCAUCUAUAAUGGCUACAUGCAGAUCAGAUACCUGAGCCAUUAUGCUGAGUACCCUGCAGACUGGGUUACACAUCCUUGCUUCAUUGCAGGGUCUGUCCUGUGGUUGGUCGGCUGGCUGGUGAAUGUGCACUCUGACCACAUCCUGAGGAACCUGAGAAAGCCUGGAGAGACUGGUUACAAGAUUCCCACAGGUGGCAUGUUUGAAUAUGUGUCUGGAGCCAACUUCCUAGGAGAGAUAACAGAGUGGGCGGGCUUCGCUCUGGCCGGCCACUCUGUUCACAGUUCAGCUUUUGCCAUCUUUACCGCAGUGGUCCUCGCCAGCAGAGCUGUGGCCCACCACAAAUGGUACCUCAAUAAGUUUGAAGACUACCCUAAAAGUAGGAAAGCCCUGAUUCCCUUUCUCCUCUGAAAACACUGUGGGUACUGGAAGCCUGAGAUGGUACUGGUUCUUACGGUGCCUGAGAAGAAUAUACCCAUGAUCUUUUUUUCUAAUAUAGGAAAGCUCUGAUGUCAGAACAAACCCUGAAGAUACAGAUUUUGUUUUUUCCUUCAUCUGAUCUGCAAGCAAGCAACAGUUUAAAUCCAUCAUGUUCAAAAGACUUGUACCGUUAUCAUUUCUGUGGUUAUAAUGUCUACGAAGCACAAACAAUCAUCAACUGAAUGUCAUGGAAGAGGUUUUAGCACAGAUCCAGAGGAUAUGAGAUAGUCAUUUGAGCAUACCUCAGCAGUAACACAGUGGAUUUAUAACACUCUGCACCAGCAAUAAACAGUUUUAAGACCCUCUGCUGAUCUGCAUAUUCUCCCAGAUGGAGCAUAAACUUGGAAAUGUGAAGCAGACAUUUAAAGUUUUUAUUCCUUCUCAAGAAUCAUCUGUUGCAACGCAUCUAUUUGAAUUAGACAGAUGAAAGAUGGUGCCUGAAUUAAGUCCCGCCUGGUUUUGCUCUGGGUGUCACGAGAAAGAGAUUUCUUCUUCUACUCUACCUCAUCUUAAGCUGCGGGAACAAAAGCCACUUUGGAACAAAUGGUAACUGCAUCUCUGUGCUGAGAGGACUGUAGCAGACCGGUCCACGGCUACUGAGCUGCAGGGAAGUCAAAUGGAGAUCAAGCAUGGCCCCUCAAUAACUCACCCAUGCCUGAAAUGAGAAGAUGAGAGCACGGCCUCAACACAUCACUCCUGGCAGGGUGUCUGAGAAAGAGAGAAGAAGGAAAAGAAGUGAAGUAAUGAAAGGGGAAAGUAUUGAGAGUUAUGUCGAGCAUAAAUGACUGUAUGUGAUUGAAUGAAAGACUGAGAGAAAAGUGGAGAAAGGGAAACCUUGGUAUUGAUCUUAACAUAUCUUUUAUUCUAUUACUGUGUCAUGAUUACUUUCACCAUGAGCCAAAUUAUCUUCUUCUCUGAGAGUCAAGUCUUAAUGUUUUAAUACUUACAAUGUGAUCUUCAGUAUUUUCACUGUUACUCAAAAUAGGUUUAGACUGGAAACAAGUGCAAUUAUCUCAUCAUUUUGGUAACAUUUUUCACAAGAUAACCUCAUGCAAGUAAUAAUGACACCAGCUAUCAUGACACAGGUUGCAUUGAAUUUUUUACUGAAGCGUUCCACAGCUGUCAGCUGCAGUUUCCUCCUGUAACUCAAAUCCCUUUCCCUGUGGAGGACAUUUCCAACACCAAUCACAGCCAAGGUCACGUCACUGUGAAUGUUAAAGAAUGUGUUAUACUAGAAAUCAAUUUAUUUUGUCAUCGCCUUUACACAUGGAGUCAUCAAUAAAUAAUAGGACCGUUGUGUCUGACUGUGAUGAAAAAUGAAGGCUGUGUGUCGCUGAAGGCUUCACAGAGUGACAUCCUUCAUGUUCACGGUCCCCAUCGUCUCUGUCUCUCUUCCAGGCUAUUUCCUCUGUGUAUCCUCUUUAUCCACGCUUCUCAUAAUUGCAGCACUAUAUUACAUAGCCUGUAUUUACUGUGCCUGCCAGCUGACUAUAACACCAUGUAUCUUCCGACAGACACCAUUCGAUUUUCUUUUCUAUAUGCAAAGCAUUUCAAUGGAAUGGCUUUUAACUCUUAAACUUAAUUUAAUUCAUGCAAGCUGCAGAUUCUUCGUAUAUUUAAUUUGCACUUACCAACAUGUGGCACCUAUAUGAAGAAAAGAGCUGGCAUGGACUCCACCAUUUUGUGUAAAUCCUGAUGUUAGCCCAGCAGGAUCUGACAGUGUUCCACAAAGCAUGUUGUGAUGAAAAUAUCUGAUUUAACUUUGUGGACAAGCCAUGGUUACAGGUUUAGGAUUAUGGAAUGUCUGUCAAGAUGCAGGAUUCUCUCAGGAAAUCAAUAUUGGGGCUGUAUUUUAGUGAGCUAGACAGCAUCUUCAAGCCACUCAUAUGGAUAUUCACAAAUAUUCCAAUAAUGGAAUUCACCACGAGCAACUUAUCUUGAAUUUUUUUCAUCAAAGUCUGUGACAAAAUAUUAUAUUGUCCCAUCCCAGCUUGUGGAGUCCAUGCCAGCUGAGGUGCAUGCUGCCAUAAAAACAAAAGGGAGACAUACCAAAUACUAAAAUAUUCUGACAUUCAUGGACAUUAUUCAACGAUUAAAUUUUACACUCACAUAUUGUGAUAUCAUUGCUGAUACCAUCUGUAAUGGCUUUUUUUUUUUUUAAAUGAAUGUAAAAUAGAAGUGAUUUGAUUUUUGGUCUUUCUGACCCUAACUUGUUUCACGAAAUAGACCUUAAGUGACUCAAGUGACUUGGAGUUGUUCGUCCCAUGUCCAAUCUGCUAACAUGGAAGGGCAGGGUUAAUUAAAUAUUCUGCAGUGAGCCAUUAGGGGGCAAUGAAGAUGUUUUGGCUUUAUUCUUUACAUGCAUGUAAUGUGUUGUCCAUCUUUAUAUGUCAUAGAACAACAAGUAUGUAAAUUAGGUCAAUCAAAAAAUGUGUGGAUAAAAAUCAGGCAGCCAUUGUUGUAUUAUGGUGAAAUCACAAUGCUAAUUUCCAUGCUUAAAUCGAACGAUGUUUUCCGUGCCUGUAGAUGGCACACAUCUAGUCGCCUACUACACAUUUUCAGGUCUAAACUGCCGUUGUUGCUUCUUUUUCAGGUGGUGCAGGUUGAGUGGACCUGCAGGGCCAGGUUCACUUCUGAACCUGCUGCUCUGUAGUUGCUGAGAUUCUAGUCACUGUGCCUAUUAUAACCAUCCUUGUUAUGCUGUAUAUAACCCAACUGUGCAGCUGACAUGCCCACAGGCAAUAUGUUCCUGUGUAGAGAUGUGAAAUGGCUGUUGAUAUAACAGAGUAAAUGCAGCGUUCCACUAAUGUGGGUUAAAUAUCUGGAACAUGCUGCGGCCUCAUUAUCAUUCGAGCCACAUGCAGCCUCAGACUGCUGCCUGCCUCCUUAAUAUUAUCAGCUUUUACUGUUAAGCCUUGGAGCAUACCGUUUACUCCUCCUGGCCUGUCUCUGUUUAUAUAUGUGUGUGUAUGUGUGUGUGUGUGUCUGUUAGGCAUCUGUCAGCCAUGGUCCAGUCGUCACCAAUGUGGUAAUCCCAUAAAAGCUGACAAUGAGGCAAACCAGCCUUGAAAUCACACACACGCACACACUGGCACACAGUCAGUGUUGGCGUUAGGCUUGAGCUGAAACUGUGA